AUGUGUUCGAAAUUCGUUUGUGCCGUACUCGUCGCUUCCUUCAUCUGCAGCGCUGCCGCCUUGCCCUCACAGCAACAGUUGGACAACAGCGAAAAGGAUAUUAUUAAUUUGAUCAACAGAGUCGACAGCACCGAUACGCUGCCACUUUUUGCUGGCUUGCGCGUUGAACGUACAGAAACUGGUCGUUCUUUUGGCGCCUCCGCAAAAAGCAUCGAAUCAGUCGACGAACGCGUCGAACGUUAUCUGGCCACACACGAACUGAACUUCGGUCUGCCAAAUGAUGAGGAUGAGGAGACCGAGAACGAAUACGCCGGACGCGCCAUGGAGGAAUCCCGCAGCAAGAAAAUGAAGAAGAUGCUUCUGCCGCUGCUCCUGAUCUUGAAGCUGAAGAAGGCUGUGCUGUGUAAGGUUGCUUUCAGCAUCAUCAAAUUCAUCUCGCUCAAGAGUUUGGCCAUUUCUAUUUUGGCUCUGAUCCUUGCUGGUGCCACAUUCUUCAAGGACUUGUUGGGCAAGAAGAAGGAACACAUCACGACCGCCUACAUUACCGGCAGCCCACUGAACGCCGAGAUCGUGCACUCCGACUGGAAUCGCAACGGCCAGGCUGCUGCCUCUGACUUGGCCUACAACCAAUACGGUUUGGCUCAACCCUUCUAA